GUGGUGUUUGCAUAUCAGUAGCAGGUAGAGAACAGUGGACCUUUUUGAUUUGGUAUUUAUCUAAACAACUACCGGUACAGGAGCUGGACAUUUGAUAGGGACUUGCUCAAGUUUGGAUUUUACCCAGGGGACGCCAUGCUACAUGGAAAUGAAGACAAAGUCAAGAUUUGCUCUGGUGGAUCUUCAUGCUGCCAAUCGUAUGCCGUCUCUGUAAGAAUGAAGAAUCCUGGCUCGCGUGUCAGACACCUGCACUGGCUGCAGAUACUACUGGUCGUCCUGCUCACAGGUCACACUUCCUGUAAUUCCACCUCCACUGCUCCGUUUCCUCCUCCGACCCUCUCCACAGCAGCUGCAUCGACCUCAGCAUCCUACUCUCUUCACGUCACUGUGGAUGUCAUUGGGCCGGAGAAAGACGAAUCAGAAAUCAAGAACUGGCUUGACCAAGUGUUCACAAACCAGCUGGUGAUCUGCGUGUCUCCAAGCCCAACAGCAACUAUAACAACUGCCACUACACAAAGUACAUCUGCGAGCACCUCAAAUGAGACGACACCAAUGAUGACAGCAGCAGCAACACAACAAAACUACACAACAACAACCACACACACUGCAUCUGCGAGCACUUCAAAUGAGACGACACCAACGAAGACAGCAGCAUCACAAAACUACACAACAACUGCCACUACACGAACUGCACCUGCGAGCACUUCAAAUGAGACGACACCAAUGACGACAGCAGCAGCAGCAUCACAAAACUACACAACAACAACUACACAAACUACAUCUGCGAGCACUUCAAAUGAGACAACACCAAUGAAGACAGCAGCAUCACAAAACUACACAACAACAACUGCCACUACACCAACUGCACCUGCGAGCACUUCAAAUGAGACGACACCAAUGACGACAGCAGCAGCAGCAUCACAAAGCUACACAACAACAUCUGCUACAGCUGCAACAACGGUCAAGAGCACCAACACAGCUACAACAUCUCAAUCCAACACAGCAGCUCCGACGCUGAGCAGCAGAACGACAACUGUUUCAGCCGACAACACACAGACGCCAACUCGAUCGAAGAAUCCAAAUUCAAUCAAGGAGCUGGUAGCUCUUCCAAUCAGUGAAGGACUGACAGCAGCCAGAAGGCUCAGAAGAGCAACUGGUCUAUUUCAAGAAACUGAGGUCUCAUGCAGCCAAAAGAAUGCAAUAAAAAACACAACUUGUUUUGUGAAGCUGCAUCUAAGCCAGGCCGUGUCUCCAUGCUGUAUCCUCCGUACUCUCUGUGCGGCCAGUAAGGCGUCCCCUGAUAUCCGGGUGGUAGGAAAAACAGCAGAUAGAAUCGGUCCGAUACAAAAUGGCUGUGACCCACUUGAGAGAAACAGGUGCAUUUACAACGGUCCCGGCAAUGCAUCGUGUGAGGCGUCCGGUGAUGCAUAUGUGGAAGAUCAAGACAACUCAACUAACUGUCAACCAGUUUCAGAAAGAGAGAAGAACUGCAGCUGCUCAGCGUAUUGCAGCAGAACUGAUGCAUACUACACCUUUCAGAUAUUAAUACAGAGUCCAAAGGUGGACAAGCCAUACGUCUUGUCCGAGGUUUCUAAAAUAAAAGCACCAAUCUGCUCUCCAGCUACAGGGUUUUCAUGUCCUUGGUCCCUCAUUUCAUUAGAAUACAAGGAUGUGCAUUUGUUCUGUGGAAGCACAGGAGAAAGUCUUGAAAGCUGCAAAGUGAUUCUCAGCUUUGCUCAUGAGGUUCCAAUCUGCAACGUGUCGGCAGCGGUGACCAAUCAGUUUGCGUCCAAUGACCUGAUCAGUUUUGAUGGACUGGUGACUCGAGCAGCAAUAUGUGGGAAUUCAAAUACCAGUGAGGAUCCACUGACGUCCCAGGUCACAUGGGACAACAGGAGCCUAAAGCCUGACAAGUUUUGUAAUGCAACAGAAGAGUCUAUCAACCUCACCUGUCAAAAUGGGAAAAAUGUGGUCGUGAAGCUGGAUGAGAAGUGUGUUCACAGGCCGUCCACCACAGUCGGCCCGAACGUGACGGCCAUGCAACCAAACACCACCACGGCUGUGAACGCAACCUCAUCCCCACUGAACACGACUGCUGAACCCCUCAGCAACACCACCGCCACUGCUAAUGUCACAGUGACAACACUCAACACAACCACCGCCACUCCUAAUGUGACAAUGACAACACUUAACACAACCACCAUCACUGCUAAUGUCACAGUGACAACACUCAACACAACCACUGCCACUCCUAAUGUCACAAUGACAACACUUAACACAACCACCAUCACUGCUAAUGUCACAGUGAAUACAACCCUCAACACAACCACAAACAAGCCUAAUGCUACUGUGACAACUACACUCAACACAACCACAGCCACUUCUAAUGCUACUGUGACAACAACCCUCAACACAACCACAACCACAACAAAUGUAACCACAACCGAGUCAGCUGAACGCCAGGCCGCCGCGAUGCUGAAGCUGACCAGAGACGUGGCCAACCUGAACUCCAGCCAGGUGGAUCAGCUGGUGUCUCAGCUGCAGGAUCUUCUGUCGGGGCCGACCAUCAGCCUGGCUCUGGGAAACAGCACCGUCCACAUCGUCAGCAAUCUGCUGGGCGCUCCUGCUGAGGUGCUGGCCGACUCCAGCAGCAGGAUUAUAGAGAUCAUUGACACAGUGGGGUUGAAGCUGGUCCUCAAGGAUCAGGCGGAGACCCUCUUGGCCUCGGCCGUGGCUUUGUCUGUGAAACCAGUAGAUGGCAGCAACUUUCAGGGGACUAUUUUUUCCAUCUCAGACCCCACUGAUGUACUGGUCCGUGGGGAUCCCAGGUCGAGGAGGAGCGUGAGAGCAGGAGACUCCUCCAUCCCUCAGGGCUCCAUCAGGCUGCCCCCCACCCUCACACAGGACCUGACCACCGAGCAGCAGCAGCUGGCCUCACGAGUCCAGUUCAAUUUCUACCAGAAGAGCACGGUGUUCCAGGACAGCUCUUUGGUUGUACGCAAACUUAACAGUGGCAUCCUCGGAGCGAGUGUGGCUAACCUGUCAAUCACAGGACUGAAGGACGAUGUUGUGAUUCACUUGAGGAACAACAAACCAAUUCCUGUAGAUUUCAAGGCCGUGUGUGUUUUCUGGGACUUUGCAUAUAAUAAUGGGUCAGGUGGCUGGAACGAAAACGGCUGCUCUGUCCUGAACAGCACAGACAACAUGACGACGUGUGGCUGCAACCAUUUAACCAGUUUUGCAAUCCUGCUGGACCUCGCCAGACAACCUUUAACCGAUCCUGUUCAAGCCACCAUCCUCACCUUCAUCACUUACAUUGGCUGCGGAAUCUCUGCCAUCUUCUUGUCUAUCACCCUCCUCACCUACUUGUCGUUUGGGAAGUUGCGUAAGGACAUUCCGUCCAAAAUCCUGAUCCAGCUGUGUCUGGCUCUGCUGCUGCUGAACCUCGUCUUCCUGAUUGAUGCUUGGCUGGCGCUCUACCCAGACGCCCUGGGCCUCUGCAUCUCCACCGCCUGGUUCCUUCACUACUUCCUGCUGGUUUCCUUCACCUGGAUGGGACUCGAGUCCGUCCACAUGUACCUGGCCCUUGUCAAGGUCUUCAACAACUACGUAUCGCACUACAUGCUGAGGUUCUCGUUUGCCGGCUGGGGCAUCCCGAUGAUCGUGGUCAUCAUCGUGAUCGCUAUCGACAAAGAUAACUAUGGUCUUGUCUCCUAUGGAAAGUUUUCCGAUGGCCCUACUGAUAGCUUCUGCUGGCUGAAAAACGACAUUGCCUUCUACGUCUCCGUGGUGGCGUACUUCUGCGUCGUUUUCCUCUUCAACGUGGUCAUGUUCAUCGUGGUGGUGGUGCAGCUGUGUCGCAUCAAGAGGCAGAACCCACACAACAUGCAGCACCGCACCACGCUGCAGGAUGUGCGCAGCUUGGUGGGGAUAACCAUCCUCCUGGGCCUCAGCUGGGGCUUCGCCUUCUUCGCCUGGGGGCCCGUGAACCUGGCGUUCAUGUACCUCUUUGCCAUCUUCAACUCCUUGCAAGGUUUCUUUAUAUUUGUGUUCCACUGUGCAGUGAAGGAAAACGUGAGGAGGCAGUGGAGGAUAUACCUGUGCUGCGGCAAAAUGAGACUGGCAGAGAACAUGGAAUGGAGUCGUACUGCUACACAGAAGGCUACGAAGAAGUCGUCAGUGACCAGACUGACGUCCCUUCAGUCGUCCCAGUCCAACUCGUCCAGCUCCUCCUCUUUUCUCGUCCACAAUACACCACAACAAACAACAGAGCAGACUCGUGGCAUCGGCAGCCCAUAUGACGACCGAACAAUCACAGCAGAGGAAGAGCCCGGCAUGGACGUGGUUCACAAUGAGAUCAACAGACAGUACAGAACCCAACAAGCCUCCUGAUCCACAAAGGACAGAACACACUGUCUAAGAAUGGCUCUUAUUUUGAAAUGCAUGUAUAUAAUGUAAAUUAAGCAAUGUUUUAUGUAUUUUGAGAAAAUGUUCAAUGUAAAUUAUGAUUCUUGAUUUUUAUACAUUCACAAAUAGCAUAUAUUCCUUUGUACAGUGAUGUAAUCAGUAUAUUAUAUUAUAAUGGUAAAAGGCCAUAUAAAGAAAAGGUAAUAACAUAUAUUUAAAGGGUGUCUUUCUCAGAGAAUAAUUCAUGGAUCUUUCAUCCAUCCAUCAUCUGUACUGCUUUCCUCUCGAGGGCCGCAAAAGGACUGUUGGGCCUCGAGGAAGUUAUG